GUUCAAUUGUACUGCUCGAGUCUUUCGAGGAACACAGCCCGACUCGGCUAUCCGCCAACCACUAAGACGCUCCUUCGCUUUUUACUGUCACUGACUCUGUCCUGGCUGGUCUAGGACAUUCUCAUUGCCUCUGCUGUCCCUAUAUAAUACGCGCUUCACUUAGACCAUUGACUUCGCUUCAAUUGCGAAUUACUUUCACGAUAUAUUAUUAAUUGAUAUUUCAUUGCACACUCAACAAUUGACAGCCUGCUAUACUGCAAUUAUGGCUUCGACUACUUUGAUGACAUUUCUUCUUUGCACCAACCCCCAUGUCAAAUCGGUUAAGCUGCUGGGGUCAUGGGAUAAUUUCACCCAGCCCUAUAUCAUGGAAAGGGAUAAGCGCGUUGGCGCCGGGCAGUGGAGGGGAUGUCACACUUUUUAUAACAUAGUGUGCGACGGCUCCUCAACGCAUAUGACUCCAGCACGCUCUGGAGGGCUCAAAAUGGGCGGCACUUACUGGUAUUAUUACCUGUUGGAUGACGAUGUGGAAUACUACAAUGAAGCUGAGCCUGUGACCACGCACUGUCCUCUCCUACCGGGUCAACCGGUCAAUGUUCUCAACGUCCCAGUCAUUCUCCCCGAUACGUUUCCCACUCACACUCACGCGAGGAGUCCCAGCCUACAGAAAGCGGAUCAACGAACUAUGAACCCCGAUGACAAGUACAUGAAUCCUCGAGAGCCGCCGAAGCCAAAGCUUCCUCGUCUUCGCACGUCUCCUCCGCUGUUGCAACAACCAACCCCAGCCUGGUCAUUCAGCACGUCCCCUCUUGGUAUCAUCACUCACCGAGGCACAUCGCAGCCUAGUAGUGCAACGCCAAAGGUGAAAGGCCUGGAUGCAUCAAGAGCAGCUGGGUGCAAAACCGCUCGUUCUGUGUCCCCGCCUAGAUCAAGAGGUCUUCGCGCCGCAUUCCGCCACUGGAACACAUCUUCGCCGGAUCUUGGAUCUACGGACGAUCACGAGGGACAGGCCUUCAGACCCGCUGCCACCCAUGGGCUCAAAGGCCUAUUCCUUGGCAGACAUGAAGAGCAUUCCCAUCUUGGGGCUCAUCUGGGCACUGCUUCCGAGCACUCCUCGUCCAUUCAUCUCAACACAGAUCUCCAGCAUCCAGCGGACAUCCUACUCCAGAAACCCAUCACAUCUGGAGAUCGCCGCUCAAUGCCUUUAACAAUCCAAGAUCGACGGGCCCUGAGCUCAAAGAUUGCGGAGCACGGCUUGCACAGGGCGCCUCUGACCCUGCAGGCAAAGCCAGGAAGCGGGAUCUCUGGAAAUACCACAACCCAGGGGGCACACCUGAAUGUUCAUAGAAGAUCUCUUCCCUUGGAAUCACCAUCCAUGCUGCCGACGGCGAUCGGUCCUUCAUCGUCCGAUUUUGCCAUUACUCCGACCGGUUUCACUUCCAGCGAGAAGAGACUCCCAACAUUGCCAAAUUCGCCAUCAUCAGUCAUGGAUGAAGCAUUACGGGACAUUGAUGCCCGACAGAAGGCUCUUGAUCUGGAGGCUUUGGGCAGCCAUUUUUCUGAUUUCACUGAUACUGAGUCUGUCGCUGGUAGCUCGGUGUGUGAACGAAGUCACUUUUCCGAGUGGAGCGCGGAUACGGAUGUUCUAUCCCCUGGGUCUAUGACACGCUCAUUUGCUUUCAAUUAUGAUGCUCAGUUGUCUUCUACUACCGACAACACUGAGACCAUGGACUUCCUCAAGGCCUCUAUACCUGCUGAAUUGAGUGACCCGGACACCCCUCAUCUUACUGUCAAUUCUAGAUCAGCGGCUACUUCAGUCGCGGGCGAUUCACCUCGCUUGGACCUCCCUCUUCCUCGCCUUACAAUCUCCUUAUCGCCCUCUGAUCUUGACAUUCCGGGACUCUAUAUUGAUGAUGAGGACCGCGUGGAAAGCAACCCCAAGCGACACGCGGCUUUUUUCGGAGGAGAUGAGUCCAUCAAAGGUCUCGGCCUUUUGCAAAGUCCUGACCCUUCUUCGCUGCAAUUUUCUGAGGAUGUGAAAGGGGAUACAGCAGCCCAUCAUGACAAAGAAACAGGUGCGCCCAGCAAGAACUAUGACCCGUUCAGCAGACUUUCGUUACUGGGUCAGUCUGCAGCAAUGCGCGAAAUGAUGGACGAGCUGAGUUAUCUGAAGACCAUGAUAGAAUCUGGGUCUGGUGAAGAUAUCUGACCCAAUGUGGUAUACGAAU